AUGCUAGUACAUAUUAAGAUUUCGUUUGUUAUUGCAGGUGAAGUACCAUUACACAUAGAUGACAAUGGAGAAGAACCACAGCCUGGUCCAUCUAGACAAACAACAGAGGAGGAAACCUUGCAACAACUAAUGGAGAUGUUUCCGGACAAAAGUCGAGAUGACUUGGUGCGAGCCCUCAGUCUACACGGGACUGUUGGUGCUGUGGCUCUUUCUCUUUCCAGUAAUUUACCUGAAGAUGAUUUUAGCAGUGAUGAUGACAGCCUGUUACAGCCUUCUUUUCCCCCUUCAAAAGAGAAAAUAGAUUCCUUGCAGUCAUUGUUAAAGGAGCUUGGGAAGAAUAUGAGUGAAGAGAGAGUAAAAGUAAAAAUUGAGGAGGAGGAGAUACUGAACGAUGCAUUGGCCCAUUACAAAAGUCCUGAGUUUGAUGUUAAGAAGAAGCUAAGAAUCCAGUUUAAAGGCCAACCAGCAGUGGACACAGGUGGUGUUACAAGAGAAUUUUACACAAAGUUGUUCCAAGUCAUUUGCAAGAUGUUCUUUCAAGGCGGCAAAUACAAGAGUCCUGUGUACAGUGCAGAUAUUGUAGCCUCCGGACUAAUGCGAUACUUUGGCACCAUGAUUGUUCACAGUAUUUUACAAGGUGGCCCAGGCUUCCCAGUGUUGAGUCCUUCAGUAUACUGUUACAUUGCUUCUGGUAAUAUUGAUGCAGCAAUGGCCAAGAUGAAUUAUGGAGAUUGUUCAGAGCCUGUUAAGCAUUUCAUUGACAAGGUACAAACUGGACAUUUGAGUGCAUCCUAAAAUUACUGACUGAAAGGGAGCUUGUAAUCAAUUGAGUAGAAUACAGUACUUUGAUUGUGACUCGAACAUCUUUCAAUUCACCUAUGAGUAUACAAUCCUUACAAUGUCAAGUAACAUCAUAAUCAUGACCAUGGCAUUACAGUUCUGUUUGUAAAAAUUAUCUCAAAUUUGUGCCUACUUCUUACUAUUGCUUCUAAUAACAUAUGCAAAUAUGCAGUACAGAUGAAAUAUACAUGUAAUGAUGAUAUUGCCAACAAUCAGCACACAAUAGCAAUAAAAUUACUAUGUUUAUUUACAGAACAAAGUUUACAGUCAACUUAAUUGAAAACUACUCACAUCAGAUUUUAUUUUUUUAUCAAUACUAGGUUGCACAAGCUGAAGAUGUGUGUAGUCUUGACAAAGAAGAAUGCUCAAGUAUGUUGUCUGAGUGUGGCCUUGCUGUUGCAUUAACAGUAAGUUUGAAUUGACUAGCAUUGUUGCUUACUGUGAGAACGACCAUUUAACUAGAAUACACUGAAGGUGUCAUUCAUCUGUUCAGUAGUUUGCUUGGUCAGUCAGUUAGUCAGUCACACUCCUACAGUCAGUCAUUCACUCACUCAUUUGCUGACUCACGUAUUCAUUCAUUCUAGAACGACAGCAAGAUGAGGGUUAUUCAGGGGAUCAUUAUACAUGAUGUAAUUGGCCGCCCUAAGAUUAUUCUUGACCAGUUGGCGGAGGGUUUAAACACACUUGGAUUUCGAGCUGCUAUGAAAGAAUACCCUGAGUUCCUUGAGGCUCUCUUUAUCCCCAGCAAGGAAGAGUUGAAUGCAGAUUCUGUCAUUGGCGUGCUUCAGUUCCUUAAAGAUAUGGAUGACAAUGAAAGUGUAGUAGCAGGUUACAUUCACAUGUUUAUACAGAAUGCAAAGGUUGACACACUGGAAAAAUUUCUCUCUUUUGCCACGGGUUCAAAGGCUCUUCCCGAUUUUGGCCUGGGAAAAAUUCAAGUAAAGUUUGAUAGGGUACCGGCGAUCUUUGCAUCAACAUGUUUGUUUCACAUUACAUUUCCAAAUCAAUUCGAAGACCAAGAUAGCUUAAGUUUGUCACUAGAGGCAGUCAUAAAUACUACCACAGGACAGUCAUUUAACUGUGUGUAA